GCGGCGGGGUCCCAGCACUCCUUUCGCGCCACCACCAAGAUGGCGGCGCCCAUGUUGCGGUGCAUUUCUCCGAGCCGGUGGUUUUGCACCCCGGGCCCGCGGGCAGUCUUGCCCCGGGGGCUGCGUGAAGCCCAUUCGGGCAAUAAGGGGUUGCUGGCGGUGCAGAAGGCUCGGGGUUUGUUCAAGGAGUUCUUCCCCGACAAGGGCACGAAGGUAGAGCUCCCAGAGCUCUUCGACCGUAGCAUCGCGGGCAACUGUCCCCAGACCGUCUACUGCGGCUUCGACCCCACGGCGGACUCGCUGCAUGUGGGGCACCUGCUGACGCUGCUGGGCCUCUUUCACUUCCAGCGAGCCGGCCACAACGUGAUCGCCCUCGUGGGAGGCGCCACGGCGCGCCUGGGAGACCCCAGCGGGCGCACCAAGGAGCGCGAGGCGCUGGACGCGGAGCGCGUGGGCAGCAACGCGCGCGCCCUGCGCCGAGGGCUGGAGGCCCUGGCAGCGCAUCACCAGCAGCUCUUCUCCAAUGGGCGGGCCUGGGGCAGCUUCACGGUGCUAGACAACUCGGCCUGGUACCAGGAGCAGCACCUGGUGGACUUCCUGGCGGCGGUGGGCGGCCACUUCCGCAUGGGCACGCUGCUGAGCCGGCUGAGCGUCCAGACCCGGCUCAAGAGCCCGGAGGGCAUGAGCUUGGCCGAGUUCUUGUACCAGGUGCUCCAAGCCUACGACUUCUACUACUUGUUUCAGCGUUACGGAUGCCGGGUGCAGCUGGGCGGAUCUGAUCAGCUGGGCAACAUCACGUCGGGAUACGAGUUCAUCAACAAGUUGACUGGAGAAGACGUAUUUGGAAUCACUCUUCCUCUGAUUACAAGUACAACUGGAGCAAAACUGGGAAAGUCUGCUGGCAAUGCUGUGUGGCUGAGCAGGGAUAAGACAUCUCCAUUUGAACUGUAUCAGUUCUUUGUCAGGCAGCCAGAUGAUUCGGUAGAAAGGUACCUGAGGCUCUUCACUUUUCUGCCCCUUCCGGAGAUCGACCACAUCAUGCAGCUGCACGUCAAAGAGCCAGAAAAGCGGGGUCCUCAGAAACGGCUUGCUGCGGAAGUCACGAAGCUGGUUCAUGGACAGGAAGGGCUGGAUUCUGCCAAAAGGUGUACACAAGCCCUUUAUCACAGUAGCGUAGAUGCACUGGAGGUCAUGUCUGAUCAAGAGUUAAAAGAGUUGUUUAAAGAAGCUUCAUUUUCUGAAUUAGUUCUUGACCCUGGAACAAGCGUCCUAGAUACAUGCCGCAAAGCAAAUGCCAUUCCAGAUGGUCCCCGGGGGUAUCGGAUGAUAACAGAAGGCGGAGUCAGUAUAAAUCACAGACAAGUAACAAAUCCAGAGAGUGUUUUGGUUGUUGGACAACAUAUUCUUAAGAAUGGACUUUCAUUACUUAAAAUAGGAAAAAGGAAUUUCUACAUUAUAAAAUGGCUUCAACUAUGAUGAAAAAUCCUUCUGAUGACUCAAACUUACCGCCAUUCAUUCUCAAGACAUACUAAAGGUUGGCUCCAGAACUCAACAUUCCUUCACUUAUGCCAGUCAGCAGAGAAUGGAGUAUAUACUCUAGGCCUCACAGUGUGAGUAAUUUCAUUAUUUAUAUAGGUUGGUUAAUAAGUUGUUUGUGUAAAUGAUGGGAUUUUAUUUCUUGAUCCUUAAACAUUAAGGACCACCAUAGAAAACCAUGGUUUCCAGGGUUAGUAUGUUUUAAAAAUUAUACUUUAUGAAAAAACGCUGUCUUUCCAAUCCUAUCUUGCUCUCCUUUUUGGACAUGAGGAACAAUGAAAAAGAGGUAAUCUAAGGAAUUGCAGAUACUUUUAUAUCAAGUAUAUAUAUCUCACUGAUCUCGCUAGUGUCUGUAUUAAAACCAGCAGUGCCUCUAGCAUCCACAUUAGAAAUGCGAAAUCUAGUACUGGAAACUGAUUUUUGUUGUUGUUUAGGAACCAAAUGCAGUUCUUAGAAAAGAUUAAAAUUCAGUACUUGACUUUUCAGAAAGUUUCUAAUUAUUUUCCAUUCCCUUACCUGUGUUUCGGUGGAACUAAAUUUACUCACCGCCUUACUUUGUUAAACUACUGAGGUAGCAAUAUUUUAUAAAUUUAAAAACUUUUAAAUUAGUUUUAAGCUUCAGCUUCUGUCCCCCACCAGAUUACAACUUGAGAUAAACUGAAAACUUAAGUAACCACAGAAGUAAAAGAGGCAAAUAUUAUGUUAUACCAACUAUCCAAUUAUAUGAGAAUAUCAAAAGAUACUCGGGUAAGGGAAGUUUUCAGGUCAAAUUUAAAGGAUUUCCUAUCAAGACUUAGUUAAGCUCUACAUAGUUUAGGCAAAUUAAAUCUCCAGAACUUAAAUUUCCACAUAUGACAAAUCCAUUUCCCUGAGGAUCAAGUGAAAGGCACAAACAUACAGAAUGGUUCAUAACCAAAUUUACUCUAGAAAACCUUACAGGCAGCAAAGAGUGGCUUUAAUGUUCAAGUUCUAGCCAUUUGCUACCUGGAUUAGAGAAAGUCACUGUCUUUAUAUGCAAAAAUGGAGAUGUAAUAAUACUUCAGUGAAUUGUUAGAAUCUAGUAAGAAAGUCAAAACUUUGAUACAAUAUACACUGUAUUAGAUUUAUUAAGUUAAAAAGCUAGAGUUUAUCUAAAUCUUUUUCUGGGAGUAAAGUGAGGAAGAAUUCAUUUAUUGAUAAACUUUAAUGUCAUUUCAUACCAGCAAUUUUAUUUACACAGCAAGAACAUACAAGUAUCCAUUAUAAAUGUCAUAGAUCAUCUCCACAUUUCAGAACUUCACCCAGUUUAGAGCCAACAAAGGUUUCUCUUGCCACACCUCUCUUGCCUAUUUUUCUUUGUACUAGUACAAGGUAUGUAGUACUAGAAAGUGCAUUACCAUAGCAUGUCUUUAAAGGGAACAUUUUUUAAUUGGAAAUCUGUUUGAUAUACUGGAGAAAGAUGCGUUAGAAGGGUUUUUUCCCCCCUUAUAAAUUCAAAAGGCUAAAACAGUAGUUAUCUAAUCUGUCUAAAGUAAGUAAACAUGGAUGGGUAUAAUUCAAAGCUAAUGUUUAAAGAUGGCAGAGUGAUUUUAAAGUGCACUAACAAACAUUUUGAUAUGAUGUAUUCUAUCAAGAUCUGAAUCUGGGUUUUUUUAUGUUUGAGAUAAGUUGGUGAGCCUGUUGUUUCUUAGUAAAUGGGUACCUAAAGUUAACAGAUAUAUUUAUAUUGUCAAUAGUCCUUCAUAAAUAUUUUAACUUAAAAAGAAAUUUUAAUAUCUGCUAGAUGCCUUAAGAAUUUUGACCAUUAUCUUAACAUUUAUAAUGUAAUUCAUAUCAAAAAUCACCUGAGGAAUUUUAAUAAAAUGUAUGUUCUAAACCUCACUCCUGAAUGCAAAUUAGUUGUCUAUAAGCCAUUAGGAGUGUGUCAGCAUGGUUUUUUGUUU